UUAGCCCACACCUGCACGAAUAAAGAUGAAGAGAGAGGGUCGUCAACAUGGAAUGGUGAGGUCUUAUCCGAUCCUACCAAGUCCACUUAACCCGAGACCCGAUACCCGAAUAAUCACCCGGUUUGAUACUCCUCCCACUGCUGGAUUAUUCGUUAAGGUGUCAUCUAAGCCAACCAAUCACUCCAAAUUCACCGGAAAGUGUGGCACAUCACGUUGCACCGGGUGCCACCUUCACCCAGCUUGCAAGUCCAAGGGUAAAACCAAAGGUUCUCAAAAGCACAAAAAUUGGCGGGUCAUAGGACAACCCGAUUCCGAUUUCUUUGGUUUGUCGGCAACGCUGACACUUGACCAUAUUUCUAAUGAUUACGCGGAAGAUGAAGGCAGCGAAGAUGAUUGUGAUUGGAAGAAGAAGGAUGAUAACAAAUGCACUUCUUCUGAAAAGGGGGUUUCAUUUUGGAAGGAUCAAGUUCAAGAAGAAGAAAAAGAUGAAGAUUGGCUUUUGGUGGAACCUUGUUUUUGAUUGAUGAUGUUGUUUAUGUUGACGUUGUUCUUUAGUUUAUUUACAGUUACUUGAAUGAAAGAAUCAUUGACGGGGGUAAUUGAGUUUGAAUUGAAUGAUUGAAUAAACAUCCAAUUUAUUGA